AUGGCGGAGCGGGGCGGCGGUGACGGUGGCGGAGCGGGUCGGGCGCUGCCGCCGCACUCGCCCUCGGGCGUGGUGCUGCAGACGGUGGAGAUGCACACGGGCGGCGAGCCGCUGCGUAUCAUCCCGCGGCUGGAAGCGGCGGAGCAGGCGGCGGGGCUGUCGCUGCUGUCGCUGCGGCGGGAAGUGGCGGCCAGGCAUGACCACGUGCGGCGGGCGCUGAUGCACGAACCGCGCGGCCACGCCGGCAUGUACGGGGCCGUGGUGGUGCGCGGCGCGGCGGCCGCUGAGGGCGCGCACCUGGCGGUCCUGUUCCUGCACUGCGCCGGCUACAGCGCCAUGUGCGGCCACGCCGUCAUGGGACUCGGCCGCUUCGCCCUCGACUACGGGCUGGUGCCGGCGCCCACCCGCCCCGAGACCGCCGUCCGCCUGCGCUGCCCCUGCGGGCCCGUCACCGCCUUCGUGCCCUGGGACGGCCACCGCAGCGGCAACCCCGUGCGCUUCCACAGCGUGCCCGCCUUCGCUGCUGCCACCGACUUGGCCAUUGAUGUCCCUGGCCAUGGGGAGGUGGUGGUUGACAUCGGUUACGGUGGCACUUUCUAUGCCUUCCUCAGCGCUGAGCAGCUGGGCCUUGAUGUGUGCUCUUCAAAGACCAGAGAUCUUGUCAGUGCAGCGAGUGCAGUGACAGAAGCAGUGAAGAAACAGUUCAAGCUUCAUCACCCUGAGAGUGAAGACCUGGCUUUCCUCUAUGGCACCAUAUUGACAGACGGGAAAGAUGCCUUUAGUGAGGAGCCCACCACCAACAUCUGUGUGUUUGCAGAUGAACAGGUUGACCGAUGUCCGACAGGUUCAGGGGUGACAGCUCGCAUUGCCCUGCAGUACCAUAAGGGACUCAUCCAGCUGGAACAGACCAGAACCUUCCGGAGCAGCACCACGGGCUCCUUGUUCACUGGGAAGGCAGUGAAGGAAGCCAAGUUUGGGAGCUACAACGCUGUCAUUGUGGAAGUCUCAGGAGAAGCCUUUUACACUGGUUCAGCCACCUUCACUGUCGAAGAGGAGGACCCACUGAAACAUGGCUUCUUCUUCAAGUGA